AUGAAGGCCUCAUUCGCCCUGAUCACCGUCCUCGCCGGACUUGCACUCGCCACUCCCUCCAAUCCCGCUGCCCGCGCCGAAGCUGCCGCCGCCGCUGCCGCCGCAGAAUUCGCAGAGGUUGGGGCCCCGAACGCAGAGCAGGAGGCCGAGGUUACCGCCAACGUUGAAGCGCUCGCAGCGCUCGACCCUUCUUGCGUCAGCUGCGUUCGAAGGAACUGCUCAGCUUCGUGGGUCUGCCUGAGGGCCACUGCCGCACCGCUGGUCAUUGCGUGCCUGCUGGCAAGAAGAAAGUCGGCCAACGUCGGUAGACUAUCGAUCCUCGAGAUCUGCUAUCACCUCAAUAUCAACCCAGUUCCAGUAUUGAACAGCCCACUGUCGAGCGUUGUCGAUGUCAGAUACUCAGGGACAAUGAAUCUCAUCAACCAGUAUAAGAGCGAUACCAAUACCGUUUUUGACUUCCUCAGAACAGUUGGAGGCCUUGGCGAGAACACCAAGGUCCUAGACCACGUCCGCACUGCCGAGCAACACCCGGACAUUUCCCGAAAAGAAACAAACACAGUGCAGGGAAAAUCCGUGCUCUUUUUGGUGGUCAUGUUUGAUUCGUAUGUCAAUACAGAAAUCUACACGUCGUUGUCAAGCGGCGUCGAGGCAGCGAGGCUGGCUAACCCCGUGUUACCACAUCCGUCCACACCUUCUCAUACGCACACACGCACAUACAUCAUCCACGCAACUAUUUGA